UGUUGGGAGUAUGAUGCUGUACUGUAGAGAGUAGUAGUGGUGGUCUUACAGGUUUAAGAACAUAGUCAGCUUGUACCAGUAAUACCCCUGAAAUCUAGGAAACAUUAACAUAGAGGGUUAACACAGACAUAAACAUUAGUUUCUGACAGUAGUAAAUACAUUAUCUUGCAGAUAUGUAAUUUUUUUUGUUUAGUUUUACUGAAACCGCUCAUUCCUCCUAAUACCAGCAACAUCUUUAAGUGUAUUAGGGUUCAUGAGGGAGGACACUAACCUCUUCCACAGUGGACAUUUUGUCUCAGCAGGAGAAGCAGAGGUGUAAUAAAUAAGAUCAAUGCUCACAUUUAGAGGCGGCCCUGGUAUUAUGUUGGCUCACUGGAAUAGCUUACUGGGUCACCUAAAGGAAUUUAUCCACCCACUCUUAUUAAUUACACUUAUGCUUUUCCUGCAACAACUGGCCAAAAUGUGUGUUGUGAAGGUCUGUCAGUGUAUUUGAUCCUUUUCAUCUUGGGUGUGUGUGGUGGGUAACUGUGGGUAGGAUGCAGAACAUUAUACUGGAUGUGUAAACUAAAGGAGCAACUAUUUGCUAACAGGUGAGUUAUGUGGAGCAGAGGUCUAUAAUCAGGCACAAUAAUUAAAAUCAUCUGUGUGUUGACUACAGGCCUACACUAUUUCCAUUCUCCAUACACCUUGGAGGUGAAGUUGUUAGAAAGCCCUUUGAUAUGGGUUGACCCAGCUGACUCCAUCCAGUUUUCCCUUUGUUGACAGUGUCCACAUUGACUUUAACUAGCACUCAAACAUCUCUUACCAUUUAAAAAGUACAGAUGUUAUAUCAAUAUCAGAGACUCUCAAACUUAAUCUGAGUGUGAGCUCUUUGUCGGAAUAUUUUACCGUUGCUAAGCAACAUGACAAUCUGUUAGCCGUCGGUUGAACGUUAGCUAACGAGUGCUAGCAGUAAUGAGAAACAUUAGCAUAUGUGUGGCUGUUAAUGUGGUUACAGACUGUCCAUUGUGUUCACAGCAGUGGUGUGACUGUUCACUGUUACCGCCAGACGCUAAUUAUAAGGUGGAUAAAAUCUGAUCGGGUUUAAGAGGAUAAAUUAAAUCUGUGAACAUGAUCGAUAUGAUCGAUAUGAUCGACGUGGCAUGUUGGAAGUCACUGAAAUAGACAACUUCAUUUGAAGACAGGCCACAUGUUUUAUAUCCAUCUCAUCUGAAUCACUGGAGGAAAGGAGUCAAGGUUGUAAUCUCACACUUAAACCAGAGGUGGCUCUCACUCUGGAGCUGGAGCUGUGGUGUCCAAGCUGAGCAAAAUCUCCUCCCUCAAAUGUUUGGCAGCACUGAUAACACUGCAGCCCUGAAGAACUUGGAGAAAACCCAGGGAUAUGAGGGUGUUGGGGGAACGAGGACCCUUAGGACAGGGCAGCCGCAGUCCAGCCCGAAGCAUGACGGUGAUGAUUACUGUCUGACUGCUACUGUGGGAGCAGGAGCACCUAGCUCCAGUGACAACACGCCCGAUCAUACCCAGGCCUCAGGCUUUGAUGCCAUACUCCAUGAGGUCCAAGAGCUCCAGGAAAACCAAGGUCGACUUGAGGAUUGCUUUGAAAACUUAAAAUCCUACCACCAAAGAGAGUAUACAGUGAAUGUGCAGGCCCUGCAAGAGGAACAAUACAGGUGGGAACGUCUAGAGGAACAGUUCAAUGACUUGACAGAAAUGCACCAGAAUGAAAUUUUCAACUUGAAAGAGGAACUAGCUGGCAUGGAGGAGAAGAUUGCUCAUCAUUCCAAUGAAAUUGCAACAGAUAUUCACGAGGUGCUAGAGGCUUGUCAGACACGUCUCUUCAAGAUGGAGCAGCAACAGCAGGCGGUGCAGCUUGAAGGUUUGGAGAACGGCACAGCACGGACUCUUUUUGGAAAACUGAUUAAUGUGCUGCUGCUGGUGGUCAUGGCAGUCGUAGUAUUUGUGUCCACCUGUGUCGUCCUUUUGAUGAAAACCCGCAGCUGCAUGCUUUAUGCACUACUUUUAGUAGUCGUUGUCUUCUGGAGGCACUGGGAUGCAAUUUCAGAGUAUUUUUAUUACUUUAUCUGCACUCACCCCGAAAAGGGAGAGCAAUAAAACAUUUUGGACUCAAGCAAACCAGGAAGCAUUGUGGUAAAGACACUACUAAAUAUGUUUCUACCAUUUUCCACAGGACAUGACACAACAUCCUAUGACUGGCUUUUUGGUGGCAGAAAUAGGCCACUAUCACCUAUAGCAGUUUGUACUGCUGUAGUGGGAGACUCCAACCCUGUAU